GGCCAUCUCGUCCGUGGCUGAAGCGGCCAUCUUGCAGGUGGCGGGAGACCGCCGUCAGCAGUGUCUGUGGCAUUUAUUUAGGUCCGACUGAAGGCGGAGGUUAGCGGCCCUGUCAGACGGCACCACCGGGAGAAGACUGUGCCAUCCCUUUUGCGUUAUUCCUGUCGCGGUGACCAGAGCUGUGCGUGAGGAAACAACCGACAACCCCAAGUUCCGGAGACGCCAGAACCACGCCGCCUGUAGGGAACCGAGGAGAACGAAUCUGCGCGCGGGACCCCGCGGAGCCUGCGGCGGUACUGAGGCUGCCCCUCCCUCCUUUUCCCCAGACUUAAGCGAAGUGUCACCGCGAGGCCGCGCACGCCGGGGUCGCACAGCAGGGGUCUCCCACGUGAAGUCCAUUUUCAGCCCACCCCACACCCCGCCCCUCUCAGGAGGAUGUGGGGAGGAGGACUGGAAAUCCGGGCUUGUAACCAUGGUGACCAGCUCGUGUCCCGGAAAGUCUUGUUAGAGAGAAAGAUGCUCCCAAUAUUCAACCCACUUAGGAAUUUACAGGGAUUCAAUGGGUAUGUGCCUGGACUGGGCGCAGACACUGACGUGCACCCCAGUCUCUGUGUCCAGGUUUUCAGGGAACGUAGUUUCCUCGGCCGUGAAGACGGGGUGACAGAUGCCCUCAGACAGCGCUGACUGCCACCCGCUGAACCUUUUCCAGGUGGCUGGAAUGUGUGUGCAGGCUGUGACCGCCUUGCACCACUCCUGCUGCCGCCCCCGCCCCGUCAUGGGGGCUGUUGAACUUGAGUAAACAAGGGUCCGAGGGAGGCGGGCCUUGUGGGUUGCAAAAUGUGGCCAGGAGUCCUCCCCCUCUGUCUCUGUCCCUUCCAUUUGGGCUGGUGAUGACAUGCGAGUGACAUGAUGCAAACAGGAGUUUGAAAGGAGCUCAUGCUGAGAGGGAACCCUCCCAGCGACCCUCAAAAGAACAUCCUGAGCCAGCCCACCAAGGACCAGACACAUGGAGGAGAGGCAGCCUCUCAGCCAACAGUCCCUGGCCAGCUGCCUGCCCACUGCCAGAACCUGCAAAUUAGGCCAUCCAGCUGCCAGUGACCUGUAAACGGGACAAGGCUGGCUGACACCAGAACUGCCACAGGCACAUGAUCAGGUGCUAAGCACACAGCUGAGGAGGGGAGCACCCACGUGGCCUUAGCCCACAACAAUGGUGUCACCAGCCAGCUCAGAAGCCCAGGUGGUGCAGUCGCUGGGCUUCGCCAUCUACCGCGCGCUGGACUGGGGGCUGGCCGAGCACGAGGAGCGCGAGCUCAGCCCGCAGCUGGAGCGGCUCAUCGACCUCAUGGCCAACAGCGACUGCGAUGACGACGGCGGUGGCGGGACGGCCGACGAAGGAUACGGGGGUCCCGAGGAGGAGGAGGAGGCAGAGGGCGGCCCCCGCACCGUGCGCACCUUCGCGCAGGCUAUGCGCCUGUGCGCCGCGCGCCUGACCGAGCCCCGGGGCGCACAGACCCACUACCAGGCCGUGUGCCGCGCGCUCUUCGUGGAGACGCUGGAACUGCGCGCCUUCCUCGCCAGGGUCCGAGAGGCCAAGGAGAUGCUGCAGAGGUUCCGGGAAGAUGAACCGCAGGCAGAGAAGCCCCUUAUGGAGCUGGAUAGCCUGAGGCGCACAGACUGGGCCCGACUUUGGGUCCAGCUCAUGCGGGAGCUCCGCCAUGGGGUGAAGCUAAAGAAGGUGCAGGAGCAGGAGUUCAACCCCCUGCCCACAGAGUUCCAGCUCACCCCCUUCGAGAUGCUCAUGCAGGACAUCCGCGCCAGGAACUACAAACUGCGCAAGGUCAUGGUUGAUGGGGACAUCCCUCCCAGAGUGAAGAAAGAUGCCCACGAACUCAUCCUGGACUUCAUCCGCUCCCGGCCUCCACUGAAGCAGGUCUCAGAGAGAAGGCUUCGCCCCUUACCCCAGAAGCAGAGAACUCUGCACGAGAAGAUCCUGGAGGAGAUCAAGCAGGAACGCAGGCUGCGCCCUGUGGAGGGCAGGCGCUGGGACGGCCAGGGCGAGCGGGGGUUCGGCUCUCUGCCCUGCAUCCUCAAUGCCUGCUCUGGGGACGUCAAGUCCACUUCCUGCAUCAACCUGUCCAUCACGGAUGUUGGGAGCAGCGCCCAGCGCCCAAGGCCCCGAGUUCUGCUCAAGGCGCCUACUUUGGCUGAGAUGGAAGAGAUGAACACCUCUGAGGAGGAAGAGUCACCGUGCGGAGAGGGGACGCUGAAGCGAGACCGCUCUUUCUCGGAGCACGACCUGGCGCAGCUCCGGAGUGAGGUGACCUCUGGGCUGCAGCCGGCCCCUCAGCCCUCUGGAGGCCUGGAGUUGCCCCGGCCGCGAGCAGGCAGCAUGCAGUCCUGGAGGCCCAGCCCCCUAGAGCCGGGUUCCCUCCCUGUCAGUGUCCAGUCCCAGCCUGACCCCAGCUCCCUACCACGCCGUGACGUGGGCUCAGUCGAGGACAGGCAGGGGGCCUCCGCGGCCCCGGACAACAGUCACCUGUGGCUGGAGUUCAGUCACCCUGUGGAAAGCCUGGCUCUGACAGUGGAAGAAGUGAUGGAUGUGCGCCGUGUGCUGGUGAAGGCAGAGAUGGAGAAAUUCCUGCAGAACAAGGAGCUCUUCAGCAGCCUGAAGAAGGGGAAGAUUUGCUGCUGCUGCCGAACCAAGUUCCCACUAUUCUCAUGGCCGCCCACCUGUCUCUUUUGCAAGAGAGCCGUCUGCAACUCCUGUAGCAUAAAGAUGAAGAUGCCUUCUAAGAAGUUUGCUCACAUCCCCGUCUACACACUGGGCUUUGAGAGUCCUCAGAGGGUGUCAACUGCCAAAACCACGCCAACACAGAGAAGAGACGCGUUCCAAUCCCUGCAAGGGCUGCAGUGGCGGAGCGUGGAGGAAGAGUUCCCGCACAUGUACACCCACGGCUGUGUCAUGAAGGAUGUGUGCACUGACUGCACUGGCUUUGUGGCGGAUGUGGUACACUCCAGCCGCAGGAGUGUGGAUGCCCUCAACACCACGCCACGUCGUGCCCGCCAGACCCAGUCCCUGUAUGUCCCGAACACCUGGACACUCGACCUCAAGUGAUGACCCGUAGCCCCCGGGCUGCCUGGCAAACGCUUCUCAAGGUGCCCCCAGACGGCCAUGCCUCCAGGGAGGAGCUGGGCUAGGCCUGGACCCAGGCUGAUGAGUCUCCAUCCUGGGACAAGAACCCCCAUCCUCCUGAUGUGCAUGUACAUAUAUACAUACGUUUAUAUAAUAUAUACACACAGCCUAUAUAUUUAUAUUCACGUCCCCUGGCCCCCAGAGCUCACUCCAGGACCCUCCCUGGGGAGACUGUUCCUCUCAGGAUUCCUUGGGCGGGGUGGGGGGGUGGGAGCAGGUCUUCUCACUGAGACAAGGAGGGGCGGUGGGUGUAAGCAGAGCGCACUCAGAGGUGCCGGGGUGGUGCUGGUUCAGGGGCUCUGGUGAUGCUGGAGGUCCUGGUACGGGAAGGCACUCCACAGACUGUACCCAUGGCCACUCCUGGCCUAAUAAAGGUGGUCUCACAGUC